UCUGGGAAUAAAAAAUGACUUUCAUUAAAGGGAAGAGACACAUCGACAAUAUUUACAGCUAUUUGGCUUCGAAAACAUUUUAAAAAAUGUCGUUAUAAGAAUACCGGGCACCAUUCCUGUAAGGGAGUGUUCACAUGUGACACUAAAACAUUCUAGUUGGGAGAGGUGACCCGAGGACAAAGGCUGACAGGAUCUUGGGAGAACCACAGGGAGUGUUGUUAGAAACUGACAUCAAUUUCUCUAAAAAAAUGUAUCUUAAAUCAAAACUGAAAGUUUUAAUCAAGAAAAUGAAAGUAUGCAAUACAAGCUUUAUUAACUUUGAUAAUUACAGUAAAUAUCCUGUACCUUAGGGUAUAACUUAAGCUUCGUUCGUCUCCCUUGUCUGCCAAUAGUCAUUAUCAAUCAAUGGCUCCUUCUAGACUCUUUCAUAUUUAUUAAGGCUUUUAAAAGAAUUUCAUAUCAUUUCUUGAUACUAUAGAAUGUUUUUGAAUUGGAUUGUUUCCAGCGAACUCUUUAGAGUAACGGAUACAAGAAACUCUAGGCUUCUUCUUGGAAUUUAGGUAGAUGGUCAGGAAAAUACCGCACGAAAACCGAUAUUUCACAAGAAACGUGUCCAAACUAUUUGUAGGAUUUUGCCUAGUACUUUUAGCAAGUUAAACUUCCAAGUCAUAGCACAUGAGUGUUAGAUAUUACUCGAAAAAAUUGACACACAAUAGAGGGGGUUCAAAAUGGUCGUAAUUGUGAACACUCCGCUGCAGCAUCUUUUAAAUAUCUCCACUAGAGGAACAACAAGUUGCAAAGUAGAAAAACACGUCUAAGGAUAAUGGCUACAUUUUUAUGUUCUCCGUCGGAACAUUUCAGUUAAGCUAAUUUCGUGAAAUGUCAUCUGAGACUGUGUUUGUCAAAAAUCUUACGACUUCUAACUGUUUUUGAUCUGUAAAUGCAAAUAAGAAGGACGCAAAUAGAAGGAUGACGUCAAACAAGUAUGGUCACAUCGAGAGGAAGAACCAGGACACUGCUCGAUAAGCAUAGCACUUCAGUGUCUUAAAAACUACCUUCGGAUGCAAAAUACAAACAGAUACAAACAAAUACAACUAUCACGUUUCAUGCUCGAUCAGUUGCUCACAUUAAAAAACAAUUAUUCAUUUUCUUGUUAUUUCACGAAUUUCAGUAGCCUCUAAUAACGUAUAACGAUCAUACGCCUUUUUUGGCAAAUGUACAUAAACAACCAAGUGGUUUACUGGCUAUUUAAACGGGUAAUAGCCCCCCUCCCCAAAGAGUACAAGGCUAAACAAGAACAUGUAAAAGCAAGCGUGGCAAACAAGGCUAACCAAGAACAUGUAGGUACGUAAACUUGUCACUUUUGCACCUGCUUUUUGGCACCCAGCAUAGUAUUUAGAAUUAGCAUAAGUCAUCGAUGAUAGACUUUCAUGAGACGACACCUGCAUGGUGAUUAGCGGCGAAAGCAUAACAGGUUGACAGAACGAUAUUCAACCACGAAGUGAUCUGAGAGUUUUGUAGGAUAUACUGAAGAAGUUAAGUUAAAAAGAAUACUAUGAAUUCAACGACAGAUCACAGCAUGACUUCCCACUGGUCUAGCUUAUGCGGAGGACAAGAGCAAGUUCAAGGAAGACACAGCGUAAUCUCAUCUUACGCAGCGAUUUUAGUUUUGACUUUAACUGGCAUAACUGCAACGAUUAUUAACAGCUUUCUGCUUUACAUCAUGGCAACAAACAGCCAUUUCCGCACACCUUCUGGAAUACUUGUGUCGUUCAUGGCCUUUACUGACCUUCUUACUGGCUGUGUGUCUAUACCUACAUACGUUGCAAAUCAAGUUGCUGUCGUUCGAAGCAUCACUCCUUCUUGCCCACUAUAUAUAUUGUACAAAACAAGCACUGUCAUACUGCUUACUAUCACAAUCCUUUUGCUCGCAGCGCUGAGCUUUGAUCGGUACUUGCUUGCUGGUAAGGGGACAAAAAAACCCAACUGGAAACUGAAAAGGAUAUACAAGGUUAUAUUUCUUACGAUUUGGAUCAUAACCCUAGCAGCUGUCAUCCCGGCUUUUUUGGACAGUUCCUACAGGAAGGCAGCUCAGGCACUGGGAUUGCUCAUUGGAAUUUUCGCCACGGCCUGCAUUACUUUCUCACACAUAAAUGUGUUUUUAUCAUUGCGUGCAAGGCGCAGAAUAUUGCCAGGACGCUCUAUUCACCCAUUGACUGACUUCAGAAUCAAAUGGCUACGCAAGUCUGUGAACACACUGAUCAUAAUAAUUGUCAUGUUUGUACUUUGCUUUACACCAAGAUCGAUUUACAUCAUCCUGAGCCUUGUAUCUGGAGAAACAGCAGCAGACAAAGCAUUGGAGGUAUGGUCUGUGGUUUCACUUUUAAUGAACAGUGCAAUUACCCCAGCAAUAUACAUACAUAGAAGUAGAAACAUUAGACUUAUUAUAAGGCGGCAUGGCAGGGUUGUCGCGCACUGAAAACAAGAAAGCAAGCAUUGUUAGGGGGGGGGGGUGAAUUACCUAAAAUAUUCUGAAUUAUCUAGAAAAUUUCUUCCACCGAACAGAUCUUACUUGAAAUUUCCUACUGCGCAACGGUUGUCACAAAACUGCCAUUCCCAAGUCGCGACAGCCCUGGUUGAUGCUAUAGUAGUACCCUUGAAAGAAGCAAACCCCAAGGUCUUAUCUCAGGAGGAGGAUUUGGUAUAACAGUCCUUGUCUUACCGUCAUGUAAAUCGCUAAUCGCCCGUUACGCUGCUCCUUUUUUAAUGAGAUUAACUUUGUUGUUAACAGAUUUUUAUUUGUUGUUAACUUUAUAUUGUAGCAGCAUAUACUUCACACUUGAAUAGAAGCAGUAGUUUUCAAUUGGGACCAAGAUUCUGGAAGCAAGAACAGCUUUGUGAAUCAUUCUUUUAAUGAUGAUAUAAUGGCUAAACAACAUACUUGAGGUUAUUCUUGUACUCCUCUUCUAUUAUGAACGCGAGGAUAUCUAAUUGUUCCUUUUUGUAUUAAGGUGUUAUCCCCAGCUAAAAACCUAGCGUCCCACAGAAAAUCUUGUGGCACGCUUGGGAGGGGGUUUUUGUGACAAAGCAAAGGGAAAAAGUGAGAGAUGAGAGAUGGGAAUUGUGGAUGGGAAACUUGGUAGAAAAUGGGUUCUAAAAUGUAUCAUAGUCAAAAGAAAAAUCUCUGGUCUGGAAGCCCGUUGUUCUAACUUUUUGUUUCCCUUUAACGAUGUCACAUAUUCAAAAUGAGUGCACAACUUUCGCUCGGUAGAGUUCAAAUUUCUAAUUUGCGUGUCGUUUUAACAUUAUAUUGUCAACUUACCAUCAGGUUAUCAAGUAUGCUAUAUUAUUAACAUGCCUGGAGCUAACUGUGCGUAUGAUAAAUGUGAAUUGAAGGAAGAGAAACGUUUUUAUUCGAAACGGCGAAGGAAUAUCUUGGAUUAAAAUAUCGUGAAAUUGAUGCUAAUUUCAGAGAACGUUUGAAGAAUGGCAAAGUGUGUAUCUGCGAAAGACAUUCUGUCUCUGCUUGAGUAAAGAUUUCUCAAUUUCAUUUUUAGCCCUUAUCAAACCUCCUCUUGGUUUUAUCAGUCCUUGGGACACAGGCCGUUCUUUAAUGAAGCUCUCCAGCAACCUAAUUAAGGUUUGGUUAACGUUAUAUUCAUAUUUUGGGCUGUUUCUUGCUUUUUCAAAAAUUUGUGUUCAAUCUAGCCGGAUAAGUAUUAUAGGCAAUCGAAAUCUUUAUCGCUCAUUGGCAAUGGCUUUUCUAAGGCCACUUACUGUGGUCUCCUGAAGAAGCUGUACAAUUUGUCUCCCAAAUUUUUCAACAAAAAGAAGUUAAAAGAGCUAGCUGCACAAUUUUGAAUAAGAAUAUUUGCAAACUGCACAACCGUACCGUAAAAAAGUAGAAAAAAACUGUUCGCCAUCGCUACCGCCCGAUAAGACUGCAUGCAUGCCAUUAAUUAUUGUUUUAAAGAGUCCGUUAAAAUGAAAUUGGUGAUGAAAAAUCGCUUUUGGUAGGGCUUCAGGUAAGCCGUAGCCUGUGUGACAUUAGCAGCCAUUUUUUUGCAAAUUCAGUUUGGGAAAAUUUUACAAAUUCAUAAUAUCUGACAUAUCCAAUUGGCGAAUAGGCCAGCUGCACUGGCAACACCGAUGUCUUGCUUCUUCUUCGCUUUUCUUGAAGAAACAGCCACUUUUCUUGUUGUAGUGCUUUUUGCAAAUUGCACAACUGAGUUCUCAGAUGCUAAGCCAUCCACGUCAGGAAAAAUCUCGUCGUUUAACAGUUCGUCUAGUUUUUUUCGACAAAAAAUAUCAAAUCAAAACUAUUCGCUGGGUACACUGCCAGCUGAUGCUGUGAAUGCUGAUUGCGUGUAAAAAGCUAGAGCCUGUUGUGGCUCCAAAAGCAGUAGAUUUGCGACCACCCGGUAUAACUUUAUCACUUUACUUCGCUACUUCUCUAUUAGUAUUAUUUCAUCUUGUUAUUGAUUUUGUUCUGAUUUUCCACUUAAAAUUUUACUCAUAACUUUCUGUUAACGAUUCAAUCAAAAUCUUAGUAGCUUCUAAAUCUAGACCCUUCCAAUAGGAUACAUGGCCUCAAGAUAAAGUCUUGAUUGACUCGAUAGUUCUUUUUUAGUUUUUUCCAUGUAUCCUUCAGCCAACAAGUUUACGAUAUAUCGUCUUUAAAGGUUUCUUAUUAUUGUAUUAAUACCCAAUAUUUUUCCUUUUUAUAUUUCAGUAUCAUGCGAUUAACCUGCUGAUGUUGUGAAAGAGAUUUUGAGCUUUGAGUUUGAGUUUAAGGCUUGUCUGCGCUCUUAAACAUCAGCAAACGCCAUAUCAAAAUUGGUUUGUGCAUUUGUUUUGAUCAUGUGACCUACGAAUAGGCUGGCUUCAAGUCGACGCGCGAAACAUAAGGAUAAAACAAAGUUCUCUAGACGAUUCCAUACAAAGACAGAAACUCUAGAAGAUUCCAUACAAAUUGUCUCAUGGAAUUUCUUGUGUAUAAUGAUCGCAUUCAUACAAAUACGCUUGGCCAAAUUCAGCCAUAGUUGUUAUGAUGAAGCUGUAUGGAAAUUGCCAUGUUUUUCAAGGUAUUAAAAGGCAAAUUCUAUGUUUCAAGGUUUGGAAUAAGCUUUCAACAGAUCAAGACCCUUUUUCAAGGAAUUAUUGGUCCCCUGACAGUAAACAUUUGCAGUUACCAUGGAGAAGGGAGGGGGCUGUUACCACAGUCGGGGAGGGAGUAAGCCAAAAACCUAAUAGAUAAAAAAGACCAUCAUCAGUCCUCUUUUUAUUCGGUAUAAGUCUCCAUUUGAUUUUCUCAACUUUCAGCGCGACCAUUAGCCAAUAUUUGAGUCAUUUGAUUUGUAAUAAGUAAUUAUGUCUUAGUAUCUCUGGUCAUAGCAAACAAUCUUACCCG